AGGCGAACGGUCGCGGCAGUGCUUCAACGUGCACUUCUAUAGCCGUACAGAUUGCGUUUCUGGAGCUGCUACGCUGUGCCUCCGACGUAACGUUUUGACUAUGCAUCCUCGUCGCUCUGUUGGCCCUUUGGAUAAUUGCCUCCCGAAAGCGGCAGCGUUUUCUGUACCCUCCAGGACCAAGAGGGCUGCCAGUCAUCGGGAAUAUGUUUGAUGUACCACUAAAGUAUGGUUGGCUCGUGUACAGAGAUUGGGCGCGUCAGUAUGGUUCCGAUAUUGUUCAUGUUCAAACCCUGGGCGUUCACAUCUACGUCGUCAACAGCGCCGCUGCCGCCAAAGAGCUAUUCGACAAGCGGCCUCGCGUGUACUCUGACAAAGAACAGUCUGUUAUGAUGAACGAGUUAACUGGAUGGCAUCGCAACAUGGCAUUGAUGCCGUACGGCGAUUAUUGGAGGGAGAAUCGCCGGUUAUUCCACCAACACUUUCGCCCUCUUGCAGUACCACAAUAUCGUCUCAAACAAGCCAAGGUUGUCCGCAGACUACUGCAGCUGCUUGUGGACUUCCAAGGCAACUGUGUCCCGCAUAUCCGCUACAUGGCGGGAUCUAUGAUUCUCGACGUCGUUUACGCUUUUGACGUGCUGCCUGGCGACCCCCGCCUCGAACUUGUGGAGAAGGCCACGUACACGGCUACCCAAAUAGUCAACGCAGGGAUCUUCCUUGUUUAUGUGUUCCCGAUCUUAAAGCACGUACCGGCAUGGUUCCCAGGAGCGCGUUUCAAGCGUCAGGCAGGCAAUUGGAGGAAGCUAGUAGAUGCCAUGUUCGAGGUGCCUUACUACCAGUUCAAGGCGGCAAUGGUGCACCUCCUCUCGAGAUCCCGUUCUCGCAUGUAUCUGAAGGCAUUAUUGUCCUUACUUUCGAACGCUGAUGCGACGGAUGUGUCAAGACUCGACGAGAUAUUUAUUGCGCUCACGGGGACAGCGUACGCAGCUGGCGAAGAAACGACGGUCAUCGCGCUCUCCACGUUCAUCUUGGCGAUGAUCCUGCAUCCUGAGAUACAAGUGUUUGUACAGGAGGAGCUCGACCGCGUGAUAGGUCGAGAUCGGUUACCACAGGUAGAUGACCGGCAGUCUCUUCCUCGAGUCACGGCUGUGAUGAAUGAGGUCUUGAGGUGGCAUUCGCCUCUGCCUCUAGCGACGCCACAUCGUGCGAUCACCGACGACGACUACAAGGGUUACCAUAUUGCAGCAGGCUCGCUAGUAAUCGGCAAUUCAUGGGCGAUUCUUCACGACGACGAGAGAUACCCCGACCCAUACUCCUUCAAACCGAGCCGCUUUCUCUUCGACGAUGGGAGGCUUCGAGACGACGUCCCUUUCCCCAUCGAAACGUUCGGAUACGGGCGCAGGAUAUCUCCUGGGCGUUACUUCGCCCUGGACACGCUCUUCGUGGCUAUGUCGAACCUUCUAGCCGUCUUCACCAUCGAGGCAGCUGUAGACGAGAACGGCGAGGCCGUCGAAGUCAAGGAGGAGUUUGUUCCGCAUGUGUUGAGCCCACCGAAACCUUUCAAGGCUCACUUCAAGCCGCGUUAUUCAGGAGCAGAUAGCCUGAUACGGUCGGCUGCUCUAGCAGAUGCGUAGCCUAUUCGUGCGUACUACAAGACAAAACACUUUCGGCGCGCUUACUUGGAAGACUGAGCAUGCACUAUGUAUGCUACCAACAUGAAUAAAUUAUCUGCGAAACGCUGCCAUCGAGUGCAGCUGUACGGCUCAAGGAGAAAGCAAUCGAUAAACGUUCACCGAGCAAGCUCGGCAGUUUUCGUGUCACCGCGCUGCAGAGCGCCGUCGAGCUCUCCAACUCGUCCGUCGCACACGGCACAACCCCCUCAUCACCACCACACUUGCCCUCACAUCGCCGGCGCCGGCGCCGCCUGUAGCGAUUGCCGCGAUUGUCUGAGCGGCAGCUUUUGCACCUUCUGAUGGCACUGGAGAGUCUCCCAGACUCUCUCACGCGAAGCACACAUGUCACGCCUGAGCGUGAGACCGUUCACGGAGUCCCUUCCAACCGCAUUCUGGACCGUUAGAAAUUAGCAUAUGCUCAGUUAUGCGCGUAAUAUCAGCACAUCCAAAGCCCAAGCGGGGCCAAGCCAUCAACUUGCUCUAUCUCGCCUAAUGCUGCCAUCGGCUCGUGCAAGCGAGUCGCUCGUGACAUAUUUUGCCAUCUAGCAUGUAGGUCUCGUGUCCUAUCGAAGCCAGCAUUUCUGGGCUAUUCCUGUACGGUCAGGUAUGUUACUCACGAUCCGUGCCUUCU